AUGACUUCGCUCACUCCGACGCAGAGCCUAGCUCUUGCAAUCGGGUGCAUUGCGUAUUUGCUGAUUGUUCGCGCGCUUCGAUUCCAAAGAAGAGACGCUCUGCUUUGCCGCUUUGGCUAUGGCACCGUGAAGCCCAUGGGGGCCAUGACCUUUGAAGAUGCGGCAUCCAUUCACCACGAGCUGGCUGAGAUGGAGUUCCCGUUCAGUUUUCUCAACUCCAUGGAGUUCGCACUUUUCAGGACAUAUGGCAUCCCAUCUAUCUCGUCGCUCCUGGUGUCCACCAAGCAGCUCACCUCGACGGACAUUAUCCCGAAACGCCUCGCCGAUACGGGUGUUCUGAUGUUUGAAAUCGAGGGCAGCCUGCCCUCCUCGAUCAGGUGGCUGCAGGCCGUCGCACGCACCAACCGUAUCCACGACACCUACCGCAGAGCCGGCAAGAUCUCCGAGGAAGACAUGCUAUACACCCUCAGCCUGUUCGCUGGCGAGCCACUCCGCUGGAUCUCCCGCUACGAAUGGCGCGAGUUCACGCCCAUGGAGAAGGCGGCGAUUGGGACGUUUUGGAAAGGCGUGGGCGACGCCAUGCACGUAGACUACGCUGCGCUGCCCAGUUGUGACCAAGGCUGGGAGGACGGUGCACACUGGUUGGAUGAGAUUCUGCUAUGGGGAGAAGCAUACGAGCAGACGGCGAUGGUGCCUCACGAAAACAAUCAUAAGCUGGCCUGUGCAUCACUCAAUUACAUCCUAUGGCCCGUUCCCAAGAGGUUCGUGGCGACGGGGUAUUGUGCCUUCCAGUCACUGAUGGACGAUCGGCUCACGAAAGCAGUCAUGCUCGAGAAACCCCCCCAGUUCUUCUACACCUUCACGCAGAUCGUGCUCGCCUGCCGCCGCGUCAUCCUACGCCACCUCGCCCUGCCGCGCCCGGAAAUGUGGCGCACGCGGUACAUCGAUGACACGAGCAACACUCACGGCCGCUACAACACCAAGAUCUACGGCGGGCUGCCCAUUUACGUCAAGGACGACUUCGCGGCGCGCUGGAACCUGCAGGCCUGGAUCUUCUGGGCCCUGGGCAAGCCCAUCCCCGGUGACCACGGCGACGCCUACCUGCCUCAGGGCUACGAUCUGCGCGAGGUCGGUCCGCGAGGCCUGGUGCCAGAUGGGAAUGAGGCCGCGCAGAACUUGAAGGAUGAGAUGCUGCCGAAGGGUGCGUGUCCGUUCCGCGUCAAGACAACACAGUAG